GCACAAACAUACAGGAAGUCAAGACAUUUUGCAGUAUAAAGACCAGGCAGGAUGCCAGUUGAAGAGAAGGAUGAUACUUGGGUUGAACAUGAUGAGCAAUCUUUGGAAAAAGAACAAGAAAAAGCAGCCCGUAUAAUCCAGAGGGCAUGGAGAAAGUACAUUGAUGUUCGUGUAUUUAACUACUACAAACAACUCAUUAAUUUUAGAAGAAACGGUGAUCCGCAGUUCCUGCUUAAAUGUGUCAAUCCUCGGGAGGCUGCUCUUUUGGACAGUGCUGCAGGAGUUCACAUCAGAUUCCGCUUAGGAGGAGCCAAAUUUCCUCCAAACAUAUAUUAUAAGAUUUAUACCCACAGGCCUAUUGUUGACUUGUGUGCCAGCAGUCCCAAAGAUUAUACUAAGCCUGAAGUGAAACAGCCAUUGCCGAGGCAAAUCCACCACCAUGGAGAGAUCCCAAAGGAUGACUGCAGUGGCUGGUACAAGCGUGUAGAGAACAAUGGAUGGAGGCUUCUUACUAACAAGUUUUGGGAAUAUGCUGAUCCAAUAGCUGUUGAGUCAAGUACAAAGUCAACAGAUUUCCAUUUUUCUAAGCUUCAAAGGAAACAGAUGGUUGAAAAAAGAAGAAAACAGAAAAAAAUUGAAUGGAUGAAAAAGAUGUAUUUAGAGGGUGCUUUGCAAACCAAAACAGAUGACCCUAAUGCCACAGUUUUAGUCCAGAGAGCUGCAGAAGGAUUUUUGCAUUCUGUGGAUGAUCACGGGAUGGACUCAGUGAUGGAAUGGGAAGUCGAUGAAUUGUUAGCAUGGACGAAUGCACUUGACUUUGAAGAGUACCUGGAUAGAUGGAAGGAAGUGGCAACAAGUAACUCCUCAGCAAUUGCAGGUGCAAGGUUCAUUAUAUCACAAUAUGACCAAUAUGAGUUUACAAAAAUGAUGCCAGAAACCAGCCAGGAUAAUUUUACCAGAGGAGCAACAAACUCUCAGCAGUCCAAGGAAAGCCAGAUAGAAAUGACAAGAAUAACCAACUCACCUGUUUUUAAGUGUAUACCUCACUGAACCAGUCUUUUUCUAUUAUUAGACCAAUAUAAUUAUAUGUUCAAGUCAAGCAGAGUGCAUUUCAAUAUUUAGUUACCUCUGAGGUAUUUCUGUAUUUAAAAAAAUCUAAAAGCUGUACCAUAGUUACCGCCAAUUUAUUUAUGUUUUCUUAACAUGGUGUUAAUGUCAAAUAUUAGUUGUUAAAGGGCUCAGGGUUCUUAUUUAGACAAAAAGGUAUUAGCAAAGCUGUUAUAAUAGUUAACAAACUGUGUAUACUUAAUACUAUAGUCUAAAUGUGGAUUUAUUAAAUACAUAUGGCAACUAAGCUGUUUAAAGUGUUUGGGAUCUAAUAUCUGUUGAGAAGGAAUGAAGUUCAGAACUGGGAAGUGGAAGCUUAGCUUUAUUCCAUGUGCAUUACACAUAUUUUAUACUUCAUUGUUCAGUCAACCCCUGCAGUGCAUCUUUAUUUUGGUAUGCAGAUGAUCACCUUCCAUUCUCUGCUUUUGUUCUUUUUUUUUAUUUCUCCAAGUUUUUUGGGUUGGUAAUACCAUGAUGGAAAUAGAGGCCAUUCCUAAGUCAUAGUAUGAAUAAAGUUAAUGAAAUUAGUAUUGUUUUAGUCUUUGGAUGUCAUCCAGAAGUGUUCUUCGUAACACCCACAAUGCAUCU